CAUUUAGAGAAGUGAACAGUUCCUGGUUUACCAGUGAAGAAGAAAGAGAGGCAGCGUUAAACCAUCAGAUCCUCCAACAUGAACGUCUGUCAGUCUCUGAUCUGCUUCUUCUUCCUCACACUGCAGGAUGGAAACAUUGGUCUCAUCAAUGCAGAAAUCAUCGAGGGUACAGGAACUGAAGGAGGAAACAUCACAGUUAGAUGCUCCUUCACUUUAUCUGGAAAAAGGAGGAUCUUCUGUAAGGAUGAAUGUAAAGAUGGAGACAUUCUCAUUGAGACAGAAGAGGACACAGCCCAGAGAGGCAGAUACAGCAUCAGAUAUAUAGAAGGAAGUUUUCUUCUAUCUGGUACAGUUCUGUAUGUGAGCAUCACAAACCUGACUCAUUCUGACUCAGGACGGUACAGAUGUGGUUUGGUCAGAUCUUUCCCAUUCUCACCAUCAUACCAGGAGUUUGAGAUCCGAGUUACAGAUGCUCCAACCUCUCCUCUCAGACCUUCUUCACCAUCAGUCCCAUCGGCCUCCACACUGAUGACAUCACAGAGUUUAAGCUCCACACCUUCAUCAGCCUCCCCUGAAGCCAGCAAGCAGCCUCGACAGAAACACACAACACCAGCUGCACCUGAAGCUCCAGGGCUGGUGCUGUAUGUGCGUCUCCCUCUGGUCGUCUUGGUCAUCGUAUUAUCAGUGGCUGCUCUGAUUUUCUACAGGAAGAGGGCCAGGAAACCCAACGAACCUCAUCUGGAAACUGAGUACUCUAAUGUCACAGAGGCCAACCGAGUGAAUGAGGAGAUCAGAGAGGACAGUCAGAGCACAUCUCCUCCUGUAGAAGUGUCUACAGUUUACAUUUUCCACUGAAGCCAGUUCUCAGAAGAAAGUAAGUUAAAACUGUGGUAGGAUUUUAGCUUUGUGUUCAUGAAACUGUAUCUUCAGACUUUAACUUGACUGGGUAACAACUUCAUUGUACAGCAGAGGAAACGUUUUUGCAGUGGCAGAAUACAGAGAAGGGUGUAGUCACGUUCUUUAAAUGUGGUUUUAAACUAACUAUGUUUCUGAGAAGCGUGCUGCCUUCUUAAGAAACAGGAACCAGGUCAGUUUGAGAUAACUUCUCGUGCCUCAAACUUCUGUUGUUUUUAGGAGGAAGUCAUCACACUGAACGUGUGAACAGAGACAAAUAUAGAUAUUCAGUUCAAUAA